AAAAGUAACGUCGGCGGGGACGCCACGCCAGAACGUGGCCAGAACUGACUGCCAUCGCUGGCUGCAGAAACACAGCGAGUGAGAUAUGCGGUGGACGCCGGGCUGAUGACCGCCUCUUCUUUGUUUGAGUGUUUCGAACUGGUCGGCUUCGCGUUUUGGAUAAUUACCCCUUUGUGUGGACUGAAGGCCCUCGGGAAGUGACACUGUCUUGGCGUUACGUGCGAGCGAAAAAGAAAGCGCGAGAGUGAAAGAGUCCUUCUCGGAUGAGCUUCGUCAUGAAUCUAGCUUGGUUGGCCUGCGUCGUUACAACUGCGGCUGCCUUAGCCAACGGCCGCGGCCCUUCGAACUGCGAAUCCAAGCUGCAGAACUGCACCGACUUGGUCAAGCCUUUCCUGAACGACCUGCGGUACAUGUUCCCCACCACAAUCGAGGACGUCGACGACAUGUGCAAGAUGUGGAGCCGCUUCGUGGACUGCAUUCGCCGAUACGUGACCGACUGCGCCACCGAGGACCAGAGGUCAAAGUUUAACAACGCCGUCGGCGAUUCGAUCGAUACUGUUCAUGCAAUAUGCAGCUCAGAGCGCUACCAGAAGGAAUACCUGCAGAAUGCGUCCUGCUUCCGCAAGGUCUCCGUCGACAACUGCGGCGUCUUCUACACAGCCAUGGUGGACCAGGUCACCAACCCGGCCUCCAGGCAUGACCACAUAUGUUGCUCGUACAGCCAGUUCAAGAGCUGUGUCAGCGAGCCCCUGCUCAGGUUGUGUGGAAACCGGGCAAGGACCAUCAUGGACCACUCCAUGGCCUUUCUCAUCGACCGCUGCGGGAAGUCCUACUACUCAUUAUCCUACAAGUGCCCCCGGGCUCGAGCCCUGCCGCUUUCGAGCAACGAGGCCUCGCCGAGUCCCAUCGUCGCGUCCUCAGCGUCCACAGUAGGUUCGGGCCCCGCCGGCACGAGCACGCGGCGUCCCAAGAAAUCCGUGGUCUCCAUCACCACCUGGUACCCGCGCACGGCUGUCUACACGCUCAAGCCGACACCCAGCAGCCAGGUGUCCCGCUACAGUGCCGCCGCCUCCGUGCGACCCAGCACGGCAAUGGCGUCGACGCUUCUCUGCGUACCGCUGCUGGUGCCAGCGUUACUGGUCAGGUCCAGAUGAGCGCGGGACUCACCCAAUCCUUGGCUGCUCGGGUUCAAGAGACGUCAAGCGGCCAACGGGAGACGUGUCGGCGCAGAAACAAUGCUUCGGGGCUGCUAGUAGUGAUGAUAAGGCUCUACUAUAACGGGGUUACCCAUUGGUCCGCUAGGCGUCCGGGGGGGUUGAGGAAUCAUAGAUGUCGACGGAGACCAGCUACCGAAAAUUGCCUACCUCCGCGAGGUUACAACAUUCGGAGGCUACCCGAUUUCGCAGCAUAGGCAACAUCCCUCGCAAGGCGCUGCUAACCUCCGCCGGGAAACAGAUCCUCUUCUGGAGACUGGCAGUGUAUCCGCUUGGCCACGUGUCUUGCCCCCGGUGCUUUUGCUGAAAGGCCGCGUAGUCGAGGGCUCGAGGCUCUCCCACAACUGAACGACUGGUCUCCGGCAGCUGUUCCAGGAAACGCUUUGAAGAAAGCAGGGCGCAAGGAAAACAGGAACAGAAAUGUGAUCCCUCUACAGGCGCUUACACAGUGACAGCAGCCUCUUGUAUGAUAUGACCACGAGGCAAAGCGUUCGCUUUCGAACGGCCGCUACUGUACAGUGUGUGGGCUACAUGUUGUAUAGCCUGUAGCGCCUACUGAACACAUAGCGCGGUUCGCUCGUCCUGGCAUUGCAUAGAUGACAAGUGACACGCAGCCAGAACGGUGGAGCGUAAAAACGUCAUUGGUUGUUUUACUGAAAUAUGCAUAAUCCAAGGCAAUGCAGUGAGUAAAAUCUGAAGAUUUUUUUUUUUUGCUGAGGGCUUUUGGUCUUCAUGAGAAUCGUACAGAAGAAUAAUUUCCGCGCUCAAUGAUGAGGCAGGCUUGGAGCGCAGCCGAAAUGUCCAGAUGUUCAGAUUCUGACCUUGCUUUGCUUGUGUCGAACGGUACUCAUGUGUCAGUUUUAUUUCGUAACUUAAUGCAGCAAGUGAGGACAAAGUUUAUAACGCAGAGAAAGUAAAAAUGAAGGCCCGCUUUCCCAAUCGUGUGGUCUUUUAGCCAAGUAUCAUCAAGGCAGGCCUGCAAGGACACCUUUUCGUUAUCACGAGCAGGCUGAACUUUUCACAUUUGAUGUUGCCAUAGGCGCAGCAAAAACCGAAGGAAUGAAACUGAGAUAAUAGAGAUAAUGGGAAAAUUUUAAGAUAUCGGGAGGAUCAUAGAUAAAAAGUUGCAUUGCAAUGUUCGUCGAUAGGCCUUUAAUUAAAGCAUGUUCUUAGAGCUAGUAGUUUUGCUGCCUUGUGAGUGAGUACACAAACAUAAAAUGUAGCGGAUUUUUGCCAUUCGUAUAUUAGCAGCAGAUCCUAUCGCAGAAUCAGUAGUGGGGAAGCUGUGCGGAAAAUAAAGCGUAUUUUUCGUCGUCUACUUCGCCUAUUAAUGUCUGAGUCCCAGACAGUCGGUUAAUCACCCCUUUACGCUUUGGCUCUUCGAGCUCGUUUUAUAACAUGGUCAAGGUCAAGAUAGGGUCAUCAGCAUACAUGGCCAAUGCAGGCUUGCCACCGUGAUGGUCACAUCUGUGCAUGACACGAUCGCGUAACAGACAUAAUGUGCAGUAUACAAACAAGGCCAGCGUUCAUUACUGUGGUGAAUGUGGCCCUGUUUGUUGUGGUCGCACUUGCGGCAAAUUCUCAAUUGAAAAAAGAAGAGGAGGGCAAGAGUAUGGCAGGGAGUAUGCUAUGUAGGAAAAUCAAUGAAAUAAAGAAGGAAGCAAACGUAUGGCAGGGUAAUGGAACACGAAACAGAACUUGCUGCCGCCGAAUAAUGGCGUAUAGCUUAAGGUGUAUUUGUAGACAGGUCAACACAUGUGCAGCUGUCACCCUAGCAGGUAUGGCAUGCCGCUAGGUGUCUCCACUUGCUUUGUGCUCGAAUUUCAAUGAGAUGGUCUGCGUUCGCGAGGUUGAAUAUGCGAAAUCGGGGAUUACUAGUCGAGAUGCUUUCACUGGUUGAUUAACGCUGGUGAAGAUGAUCGAAUGCAAGGACGCGGAAAGUACCCCUAAUCUCACUUAAAGCAAAAUGUGUCCGCAAAGUUAAGCAAUGUUAUCGCAACAACACAUCCUAUGCUAUAAUCUUGGAGAUCAUCGCAUGUGUAUUCACUCAUGUUCUGUGUUUCACACCUGUAACAUACACGCACAACACUAUUUUACCGUUGAUGUCAUCGCAUUCGGAAGAAAGAUGCUUGGAGAGCGUCUUUCUGGCUAGUUGGAGCUUCGAGAUUAACAUGCCCGUAGAUGCGAACAGAUAAGCAUGACAAAAAGAACGCAAGCUAGCUGAUAGUGGAGCUCAUCUUCUACGUUACGUCUGCCUGUUCGCGGCUGCAGUGUCAGCUUUAAACGCUUGAAUGCUUGAAGAAAAAAAGAGAGGCACAGUACCAGAACGUUGCUUUCUGCUGUAAGAUCAUGACACUGCUCUUCACUUCUUCUUUUGCUCAGACGCUCGUGCAAGAGGGCUGUUAAACAACUGUUUCAUCCUGUAACGUUGUUUCAAUAAAGUUUAUUUUUCAUUUGAAA